AUGCCUCGUGGAGCAGAUUACGACAACGGCAUCCCGCAAUCGGACAACGCCAUUAGCCUUGAUCAUGACAUUAUCCACGGGGGAGAUGGAAAGCCUACGUCCGAAGCCGACGUCGCUGGUGCCCACAAGACCGCCCCCUUGCCCGAGGGUCUAAGCGAAGAAGUCCACGACGAAGUCCACAGUGGUGGAGGCAGCAGAGGCUGGAAAGGCCAUCAAGAGGGAUCUGGAAAAGGAGGCCACGAACCAAAGUCGCUAGGACAGAAGAAGGGCUUGAACGCGUAG